UCGACUCGACAGUGGUCCUUUACGCUAUGUUGUCUGCCGCACCUAAAGAAUUGAAUAUUUGUUAAAUAACGUGUUUUUAAAAUUUCCCAGGAUCAAUUGGGCAAACAAAAUGACGGCGGUAGCUCUACCGUCGUCUCAUUCAAUAAUCCAAGUAGUAAAUGAAGCAAAUCUUAGUAAAAUUGAAAGCUUUCUCAACGAUACAGCGUACAGGGAAGCCAUUGAAAAUUCAUCAACUUAUAAUAGCCGAUUAUGUCGAGAACGAAGACUGCGGAUGCCUUUUUUAGAUUCCCAAACAGGAGUCGCUCAGAAUCAUUCGGCGUUGUUCAUGUCGUCGAGAGAGCGUAUGCCUGGAUUAUUACAUGGCCAAAUAUAUACAUAUCCUAGUAAAAGAUGGAGAAAGAAGCGACGUCAGUACCUGAUGCAUUAUUUACAUCCAAAACGUGGAAUUCGUGGCGAUUUAGAUGAGGGAAUUGAGGGACCUGAUGGCAUUGUAGCUGGCAUGAAUGAUGAUAGCAAAGAGUCGGCGGCGCUGAAAGAUGAGCAUAGCAAAGAUGCUUGGUAUUAUGAUGAACAAGAUAUGUUAGACAUAGAUGCAUUUGAGGAACAAGAUCCAGAUAGUGAUUAUGAUUAUGAAGAAAGCUACAGCAGUAAAAGAAAACGAAGAAGACCUCGAGGGAGUGGACACCAUCCAGCUAGAAGUCAUCCGCCAACCACCGACAGCCCAGGGACCAAAAGAACAAAAGGUGGUGGACGGGGACGGAAAAAAGCCAAUUAUGAUGUUGCGGAUUCGGAUAAACCAUUCGUAUGUGACCUAUGCGGCGCACGGUAUAAAACCAGACCUGGUCUGGUCUACCAUUACAGUCAUUCCCACUCUACUUCCUCUGGUGAUCCUGCUAAGGAACUAAGUCCCAGUCCUGCCGAAGUCGAAUCACGGAGCGUUGCAGACACCGCUGCUUCGGACCAGCCAGGUGGUACACGUCGGGGUCGACAGAGCACAACUGCCUCCUCGAGUACCUCGAGUCCCUCCCCCGUGGCAAGCACGACCCCGGCUGCCGGGGCACCGCCUCAGCCGCAGCAGCAGCAACAGCUGCCGCCGCAGGUUCAGACGAGUGCCACUCCACUCUCACCUACUGUCUCAGCUCCUAAGGAAGAUCAGCAGCAGCAGUUGCCAUCAGUAGCGUCGCCUGGUGCCAUCGCCUCAUCUCCUUCAGCAUUAAGGCCAGACAUCGCAGGUGCUGGUGGUGUUGGUGGGAUCAUCACUGGUAAUUCCAAUACUCAAGGACAAGUCCAGGAUAAGAAGUCUGGUAGAGCUGCUCAACCAUCACCCUAUUGUGAUUUCUGUCUUGGAGAUGCUAGGGAGAAUAAAAAGACAGGUGGAUCCGAGGAAUUGGUCUCUUGCAGUGAUUGCGGUCGUUCAGGACAUCCAACGUGUUUACAAUUUACUGCAAAUAUGAUCGUAUCUGUACGUAAGUACAGGUGGCAAUGUAUCGAAUGCAAAUGUUGCUCCAUAUGUGGUACAUCAGACAAUGACGCUCAGUUGCUGUUCUGUGAUGACUGUGAUCGUGGAUACCACAUGUAUUGUCUAUCCCCGCCCCUUGCAGCUCCUCCUGAGGGCUCCUGGUCGUGUCGUCUGUGCAUAGCCGAGUUUCAUCGGAGAGAUUAAACCUCAAGAAGAUAAAUUUUUAUUAAAAAUAAUAAAAUAAAAAUUAUGUGGGUGCUGAUGGCCAUACUUGGACGCGCGGUAAUAUUCAAUCAAGUUCCUGCGACAGAUCCUUCGCACAAGGCCUCUUCUCUAUUCUGUCUACUCUUGAAUAUUCAGAGUUUUAUUUGAGUGUAUAUCAUUUCAAGAGAGAAUUGUGUUUUUAUUAUUUCUUUAUAUUUGGAUUAUUUUUAUUUUUAAACAUCGCGCGUUCUUCUCCUUGUCUGUAUUUUUUUACUCAAUUUUUUAAAAAAAUUUUUUAUGUUUAUUGUCCACUGAUAUUGUGAAAAAUAUUAGAAAUGAAUUCAUUAUCAGUUUCACGCUAUUCGUGAUUAUAAUUACGUCUCAGGCGCUGGUGAUCUCAGAACUAUAAGUAAUUUAUCUUGUAAUAUCUUGAUAUUGUAAAGUUUUAUAAAUGAUGAUACUUCUUAGAUCGAAUUGAUCAAUUGUUUUAAGCAAUUCAGUAAAAAUGAAAAAGUGUCCAUAGAGCAUCAGUAAAUGAAUAAAAGCUAAAAUUAAGUGAUUGAAAGUCUUUAUGAAUAAAUAACUAAUUGAUGCAUAAUUAGGAUUUUUUUUUAAAUGUAUAAUGACUAUUAUUGUAGCCAGAGAUGGAGACUGAUUCGCAAAUCAAUCGAAACCGUUAUAACGUCUUUCAAGAUUUGUCGUGACAUAAUAAAAGUUAAUAACUAAUUAAUUAAUUAUUAAAUAUGGUCUAAAAAAUAUGGACAAUAUAGUGAAACUGAAAAAUAGCCGAUUGUACUAUAGAUACGACAAUACUUUCUAGAAAAGAAAAUUUCAGAGUUUCAACAUUUGAUCAGUGCUUAAUUUUUGCAGAUGUGAAUAGUUGCUUUGAAUAAUUGUAAAAUUUAUUAAUUGAUAUAUUAAUUAUUAAUGAUAAUCUAUAAUAACAAU